AUGGCUCGUCUGCAAGAAAAGAAGAGAAUCGCGGAGGAACAGAAGAGAGCCGAGAUGGAGAAGCGAGCUGCGGAGGAGGCGCUCGCGGCUGCCAAGGAGGAAGCCAGCAAGCCGAUCAUGGUGGAUGUGUCGGUAGUGGAAGAGAAGCCGGCUGCAGAAGCUCCGGCAGAAGUCGUGGAAGAGAAGCCGGCCGAAGUGGUGAAGAUUGAAAAGCCGCUGAAUGUGGAUGAAGAGAUUGCUGCUACUGCUGCCGCUGUCGCGGUGGUUGCGGAGGAAGAGAAGCCUGCGCCUGUGGAGGUCGCUGAAAGCCCCGUGCCUGCGCCUGUGGAGGAAGAGGAGCCUGAGCCUGUGCCUGUGCCUGUGCCUGUGGAGGAAGAGAAGCCUGUGCCUGUGGAGGUCGUCCAAAGCCCCGUGCCUGUGGAAGAGGUCAAGCCUGAGCCUGAGCCUGAAAUUGUUCCUGUGUCUGUGGAGGAGAAGAAGGCCGAGGAAACUCCCAAGGAAGAGGAAGAGGAAGAGGAAGAGGAGGAAGGAGCCAAGGCGGAAGGAAAGAAGCGAGGCCGUGGUCGUCGCGGUCGUAAGGGCAAGGAAGAAGAGCCCAAGAAGGAGGAGGAGAAGAAAGAGGAAGGAGAAGGCAAAGAGGAGGGUAAGAAGAAGGAGAAGGCCGGAAAGAAGGCGAAGAAGGAGGCGGGUGAAGAAGGCAAGAAGAAGGGCAAGAAGGGUAAGAAGGCUGGAAAGAAGGAGAAGGAGGAGAAGGCGAAGGCCGAUGUUGCAGAUGAUGACUUCGGUGACUUCGACGAUGUCCCGGCGCCUGUGCCUGUGAAGAAGGAGGAGACGCCCAAGGAGGCGAUUGGCGACGAAGACUUUGACUUUGACGAGGAGGAGCCAGCGCCGAAGCCUGCUCCGAAGAAGGCGGAGGAGAAGAAGCCUGUGGAGGAAGAGGACUUCGACUUCGAUGAGGAGGAGAAGACGCCUAUGGAGGUUUCUGAGAGCCCGGUGCCUGUCGAGGAGGCUAAGCCUGCUGAAGAGGAGAAGCCUGAGCCUGAGCCUGUUGAAGAGGUCAAACCUGCCGAAGAGGAGGUUAAGCCCGUUGAGGAGGCCAAGCCCGUUGAGGAGGCCAAGCCUGAACCUGAGCCUGAACCUGUUGAGGAAGUCAAGCCUGUCGAAGAGGAGAAGCCUGAGCCUGAACCUGAGCCUGAACCUGAACCUAUCGAAGAGAAGAAGCCUGUCGAAGAGGAGAAGCCUGAGCCUGUCCCUGAACCUGUCGAGGAGGCUAAGCUCGCUGAGGAGCCUGUGCCUGUCGAAGAGGAGAAGAAACCUGCUAAAGAGGAGGAGAAGCCCGAGAAGGCUGGAGGUCGCCGUGGUCGUCGUGGUCGUAAGGGCAAGGAAGAAGAGCCCAAGAAGGAGGAGGAGGAGAAGCCUGCUGAGAAGGAAGGCAAGAAGAAGGCCGGAAAGAAGGAGAAGGCUGGAAAGAAGGGUAAGAAGGCCGGUAAGAAGGAAAAGGAGGAGCCCAAGAAGGAGGCUAUUGCCGAGGAAGACUUUGACUUCGAUGAGGAAGAAGAGCCUAAGCCCAAGAAGGAAGAGCCUGAGCCCAAGAAGGAAGAGGAGGAGAAGAAGCCCGAGCCUAAAGAACCCGAGGAGGAAGACUUUGACUUCGAUGAAGAAGAGCCCAAGAAGGAAGAACCCAAGAAGGAGGAGGAGGAGAAGAAGCCCGAGCCUAAAGAAGUUGAAGAGGAAGACUUUGACUUCGAUGAGGAAGAAGAGCCUAAGCCCAAGAAGGAGGAGCCUAAAGAAGUUGAAAGCGAAGAGCCUGAGCCUAAGAAGGAAGAGCCUGAGCCCAAGAAGGAGGAGCCUGAAAGCGAAGACUUCGAGGAGGAGGAAGAGGAGAAGAAGAAGCCUGCUCCAAAGAAGGAGGAGCCCAAGGAAGCGGUCAGCGAGGACUUCGAGGAAGAGGAGGAGGAAAAGCCCAAGAAGAAGCCUGCCGCAAAGAAGGAAGAGCCCGAGCCGAAGGAAGCCGAAAGCGAGGACUUCGAGGAGGAGGAGGAGCCGAAGAAGUCGCGUGGCAAGGCCCCCGUGCGCUCGGUGAUGCCGACCGAGUCCCCGGAGAUCUCCGAGGAGGAGCCGCAGCCGAAGCCUCGCGCGAAGGAGGAAGCGCCCAAGCGCACCGUCAAAGUCCCCGAAGAGGAGGAGGAGGAAGAGGAACUGCCCGCCGAGCGCCCCGUGGUGCGCAACCGCAGCAAUCGUCCGCGCGCGACGCCGAGCGAGGAGCCAAAGAAGCACCACCACAAGAGUCCGGAGGGUCGCAGCCACCGCAAACAUCACGAGCACCGCGAGCACCACGGCCAUCACAAACACCGCGACCGUCGCAGCGAGCGUCCCGUGGAGUCGCCCGAGGACGAGGAAGCGAUGCUCGGAAACUUUGGCCUGGACAAGAAGGAGGAGAAGGAGGCGAUCGCGAGUUCUUCCUCGGAGGACGACGUGCCUACCUACACUUUCGGCGCGCCCAUCUCCCGGAUUUCGCGCUCGCCGACACCGGUCCGCCGAGCGACGGUCACGGCGCCGAAUCGCCGGUUCGUGCCGUCGUCGCAGAAGGUGCAGCAGAUCGACGAGGACGACGACCUGGAGAUCACGGGCACGCUGUCGAAGCUGGGCAUGCGGUCCUUCGCUGGCACGACGCGCGCGGGAAUGGGAGCAGGCGCGGGACCGUCGGCUGGAACGGCAGCGAUUCGAUCGACGACGCCGUAGGAAAUAUAAGGGAAAGGAGUGAGGGGUAGGACACGAACCUUCGUGAAGCCUUUCGGAGCCGACCGCAGCACGCCGUUCUCGCGCUAUGGAGCUGCAAACAAGAGUCGAAAUGCCGCCAUGGUGGAUUCGGACGAUGACAACAAUCCACCGAUGUUCGGACAGGCGAGAUUCGGAGCCAACCGAGGAGGCUUCUCGCGAUCGAAGUCGCCGAUUCGACCGCAGAUGGGCCGCCAUGUGGACGAUGACGAGGAGGAGUGGACGCGAAGCCCGAUCCGAAAGUAAAGAGUCGCUGUGUUGAUGUGUUG